CCAAUCCCAACUCCAUAACUCCCUUCUGAUAUCACAAUGGAGUUCAGCCUCUAUCCCAGAAAAUCUCAUCUUUUUCGUUUUCAUGUUUUGGUGGUGGUGGGACUACUGAUGAGUAGUGUGAGAGGGGGAAGAAGUGAGGAGUAUCCGGCAAUAAACUGCCGGAAACACAGUGCGGUGCUGACGGACUUCGGAGCAAAAGGGGAUGGGAAAACGAUGAACACCAAGGCCUUCAAAUCCGCCAUUGCAAAUCUCAGUCAGGUUGCAGGUGAUGGAGGCGCACAGCUGAUUGUGCCUCCUGGGAAGUGGCUGACUGGGAGCUUUAAUCUCACAAGCCAUUUCACUCUUUUUGUCCACAAGGAUGCUGUUAUCCUUGGCGCUCAGGAUGAAGCAGCAUACCCCCUUAUUGAAAUAUUGCCAUCAUAUGGAGCAGGAAGAGAUGGAGGUGGAAGGCAUGCCAGUCUCAUUUUUGGAACAAAUCUCACUGAUGUCGUAAUCACAGGUGGGAAUGGCACCAUCCAUGGUCAGGGUCAAUACUGGUGGGACAAGUUCCGAGCCGAUAAAUUGAAGGACACCAGACCCUACUUGAUAGAGAUCAUGUACUCUGAUCAGGUCCAGAUUUCUAACCUUACUUUGAUCGACUCUCCAUCAUGGAAUGUUCAUCCCACUUACAGCAGCAAUGUGAUAAUUCAAUGGCUCACAAUCAUUGCACCAGUGGGUUCUCCUAAUACAGAUGGAAUAAACCCAGAUUCAAGCAAAAACAUUCUAAUUGAAGACUGCUACAUAGUCUCCGGGGAUGACUGCAUUGCAGUAAAGAGUGGCUGGGACCAGUAUGGGAUUAAGUUUGGAAUGCCAACUGAGGAUCUAAUCAUCAGAAGGCUCACCUGCAUAUCCCCUGACAGUGCCGUCAUUGCUCUGGGCAGCGAGAUGUCGGGUGGGAUCAAGAAUGUCCGAGCUGAAGACAUCACAGCCAUAGAUUCUGAGUCCGGUGUGAGGAUCAAAUCAGGUGUGGGAAGGGGAGGAUAUGUGAAAGAUAUCUAUGCCAGAGGAAUGACCAUGAAGACCAUGAGGUAUGUCUUCUGGAUGACAGGCGACUAUGGACAACAUCCAGACGAUGGUUGGGAUCCUAAAGCACUUCCUAAGAUUGAAAAUAUCAAUUACAGAGACAUGGUGGCUGAGAAUGUGACCUAUUCUGCAAGACUAGACGGAAUUUCGGGCGAUCCCUUCACUGGAAUUUGCAUAUCAAAUGUGAAAAUUGGACUGACUGAAAUACCAAAGAAAUUGCAAUGGAACUGCACUAAUGUUGAGGGAGUUUCAAGCCAAGUGACUCCUCCUUCAUGUGAUCUGCUGCACCCCUCUGAGAAGGUCUUCAAUUGUCCGUUCCCAGAAGAUAAGCUUCCCAUUGAAGAUGUUCAGAUGAAGAUUUGUUCAACCUAAUGGUGGAACAUACAUUUCAAUCAUGUUGGAUCACAGAAAAAAGAUGAAUAAAAGGAAAGAUUUUGCAAAUUUUAUGUGAA